AUGGAUGUCUUUGAUGAAGAUAUGCAUAUGGAUUGCGAUUUUGUUAAUCCUGGACAGGUUUAUUGGCCAAACAUUCAGCACCUAACCGUUCGUACUACUGAACAGCAAGCUCCCCAUCUUGCCAGGUGUUGGGCCGGUUCAGCUGGCUUCGAUCAUCGAUACGAACAGCAAUUUGCCGCUAAGGCGCAAAGCGUCAUGAUCUAA